AUGAGUGUUGGCGUUAUUGAGGUAGUUGAAGAUUCGGCAGUGCGAUCUGCGCUCGUCGACUCGGAUGCCGAAGGUGAUGAAUUGUCGCAAGAUUGGUCGCAUAUCGCCAAGCUCUCCAAAAGCCAGGUCGUGGUACCGAAAAGAGGUGAGAAAGACUAUGGGCCUGAUGGCACUGAUGCACAGGAACUACUUCUUUACAAGGCUAGGAAAGCUAUGUUCGAUUCCCUCUCGGACGCCGCAAGAGGUACUGUGAUAAAAAAUCUGACGCAUGCUUUCUAUGUGCCCGAGCUUCAUUCUGCGUUCGUCCCCAAGCCCAAGGGCAGCUUUAUGCAUACUAUUGGUAAAGUCGACAGAAAAGGAGUAUGUUGGCUGACAUUUCAUGAGCUCGUCUACCUGGCGGAAAGAGGUACCAUAACGCCUUAUUUCAAGCACAGUGAACGCCAAGACCAUGAUCUAGAUCCUUCGCUGAGCAUAGAAGAUCUGUAUAUGCUUUUCAAGUCACCUCAGGAAGCUGAUGAAUUUGCCGUAUACGCACAUUUGAAGAGGUUAGGGUUUAUUGUAAUGAACUCUCAGCCAAGGCAAGAAAUGACCCAUCGAGAAGUCCCCAAGGCGAUACCAAGUCUCUUCCAAUCCUUUCGCUCCUUAGCAAGAAGGCAGUUUGAUAUUUUCCGGACACCAACCUACCACCCGUUGCAGUUCCAUUUGAUGCGGUACACCUCGUCUGGCCAAAUAUAUGACGCACUCAGCAAGCUGAUUCCCCAUUAUGUAGCUCCCAAAACCAUUCAGGAUCUACAAGGCGAGAAAUUAUUAACCUUAAAGGAGGGGGACUCCUCUCGAUCGUUCACGUUUGAUGUUUGGAAACCUCAGGGCAGCUUUAAAAAGAAGGCACCGGGUUGGCCAGACUUCCAAGUGCUAGUUGUGAACAAAAAUACCAAAGAUUACAAAUUCCCGACUUACUCUGAGAUGAAGCUUCUGUUUAAAAAUCUAAAUACGAAGGUAGACAGCCUCGUGCCAGAGUCGUUGAGUGGUAAGACACCGCCAGAGAAAGGAAAGGCCCAGCGCCAGAGCAAACCAGUUGCACCUCACGUUGAACAGCAAAGACGUUUGAAAAAAGGCUACAGAAGCUUUAUACUGGCUCUCAUGGAUGACGGAUUGAUUAGCUUUGUUCGCCUAACGGAAUCUGAUUUCGGCUCUGAAAAGGUGUGGUUCGAUCCUAAGCGUUCUCCCAUCAUAAAGUCGAACUCUCGUAACAAGCGGAAGACUAGCUCGGACCGCAGCGCGGGUAAAUAG